CCUAGUUGUUACUGGACGUGUCAAGCGUUCUACCGAACAAUGGAAGGAAUUGUGUAGUCGUUUGUUGGGAUUUACUCCCCUUGAUCGAUUUUUGAAGCAGUCGAAAAUUAAUUUGACUGCAAUAGGACCCGUUCCAGAACUAACCGCGGAUAGCACAGAUGAUGACGUGCAAGUUGCUACGCGGAUACAAUUGAUGCAUUUGUUAGGAGGACUUCUUUUCCCCGAAUCAACAAACAUGGCGGUAAAUUUGGCCUUGUUUCCUUUCAUUGAGGAUUUUGAGGUAUGUGGCCAGUAUAGUUGGGGAUCAGCUGUGUUAGCCUAUCUUUAUAGGGGUUUGUGCAAAGGAGCUGACCACCAUACUUCGGUUGUCGGUGGUUGUAUGCUACUGCUGCAACUUUGAGCAUGAGAGAGGCUUCCUAUGCUUAGGCCAGAUAUACUUUUAAGUUAAUAGCAGAAUUAAAUAUUCGUGAUUUGCCAGUUGGUGCUAGGUAAGUUGUAAUAGUUAAUUUUUUUAAAAACAUAUUGAAUUCACUUUGUGUUGAAGUAGUCAGGAAUUGUUGUUGCAAAUAUAGGUGGGUAGGUGCACAUUUUUGGGGGAAUGUGCAUCAUUACAUGAUUCGGGCAUAUCGCGACCAAUUGGAUCGCGUUAACCAACAAAUGUUUGUCUUCCAGCCUUACAAUGAAUUAUUUCCUCAAUUGCCUGACUAUUGCACGGUCGACCAAGUGAUUUGGACAGCUCGAGUGCCUUUGAUCUAUUUUUAUAUCAUUGAGUACUACUAUCCUGACCGGUUCUGCAGGCAAUUCAGCGGUUUCCAAGAUGUCCCGUUUGAAGUCGUGUACAGUGAGGAAUUGCACGCGUUCGACGGGCGAUCUGGCAAUUUUGAUUGGGCUAACAAGCACGCUCAGCAUUUGUACUGUUGGAGACAACGGGCAGGUUUCAUCCACCCAAUGCAAGUGAUGAACAAUCCCAUUACAAGUGAUGCAUACCGGGUAUGGUAUCAUACCCAUGGCAAGCUUUUCAUUGGCAACCCUGAACACCGACAAGAUCAGGGUUAUGUCCAAUGUGGUGCCUUGUUAAAUGAAGCGAUGCACUACAUUCGUGAAAUGCAUAUAAGUACCAGAGAGGCUCGCGAGGAUGGAGCGCGAGCUCUUGAUCUCGUUCGGGAACUUCACAUUAGCUCGCGCGAACAUUUAGAGAAUGCUGGCUAUGCUUACUAUGCGGACGUCCCCCCACAUUUAUUCAAUGACGCACCGGUAUACGAGCCAAGGGUGCAGCAUCGCCGUCCAGAUUUACGACGACAUCGAGAGAACAUGCGGGGUCAACCUAGGCGCGGUGGUAGGCGUAUGCGCGCUGUCAACUAGGCUUUGCAAGCCACGGCAGACCAACAAAGACAUGACGCCGAAGAUGACGAUGACGAUGAUGAGGAUGGGAAUGCGCUAGCACUUGUGCCUGUUCAAUACCAGGGCGGUGACCAAAACUAUGACUCACAGCCUUUUACUAUGUCAGGCCCCAGCUCAAGCUUUUGUGGUCCCUAUUCACAGGCCGACUUUGGUGGUUUGUCUCAGUAUACUCCAGCUAGUCAAGUGUAUGAUCCCUCACAGCCGGGUCAUCCCACCAUAAUGCACCAUCGAAUAUACUCCCGCAAUUUGGAGGUCAAAAUCGGCCGGCAUACAACACCUCACCUUGGUCCCAUCCAGUUGGAGAUUUUAUUGUAGAAGACUCUUCUAGUCAACCCGGUAUUUGGAGCCAAAACAUCGGUAUGCCGAGCACUACUGACUUCCUAGAUAUACAGGAGCCACAGGAGGUGCAGGAGCCACAAGAACCACAGAGACGACAAUCAACCCGAAUCAGAUUUCCUACAGUUUGUGGAACGCACCCGCGUCAAAUGUAUAUUUAAUUUGUUAAGUAAAUUUAUUAUUAAAUAAUUAUAGUUGUUAAAAUAUUAAUUGAUUAUA